AUGAGACUGUUAAAGAAACAACUCUACCUUGUUUCCUUAGUCCUAUUUGUUACACUAUUUUCUUCAACCAUUAAUGUUACUUAUGCUUCCGUUAAAGAAGCUAAUGCUCUCAUCACAUGGAAAGCCACCCUGCAAAGCACAAACCAUUCCUUGCAAACUUCAUGGGUCCUUCCACCUCUUGAUAACAUCUCAACAAGUGCCGCCCCAUGCAACUGGUUUGGAGUUACUUGCAACGCUGAUGGAAGUGUCAAUAGGUUGAACCUCACAGAUUCAAGUCUAAAUGGUACGCUCAACAACUUUACAUUUUCAUCAUUUCCCAACCUUGCAUAUAUCGAUCUCAGCAUGAAUAACCUCUUCAGUGUCAUCUCACCUCUAAUUGGCUCCCUCUCAAAACUCAUCUAUCUUGAUUUGUCCGUCAACCAGUUCUCGGGAAACAUCCCACCAAAAAUUGGCUUGUUGACAAAUCUUAACACUCUUCACCUAGUCGAAAAUCAAUUGAAUGGCUCAAUUCCUCAAGAGAUAGGCCAGUUAAAGUCUCUUACUGAGCUUGCUUUGUACACCAACAGUCUUUCUGGACCCAUUCCCGCUUCCUUAAGAAAUUUGAGAAACUUGGCUCGUCUAUAUCUCUAUGAUAAUGAUCUUUCUGGUCCUAUCCCUCCCGAAAUAGGAAACCUUGUCAAUCUUGUCGAGCUUUACAUGGAUAGCAACAAUUUCACGGGUCCCAUCCCUUCCACUCUUGGAAAGUUAAAUAAGCUAACUGAGUUGCACUUGUCCAACAAUCACCUAUCCGAACUAGGAAAUUUGAAGUCCCUCAAUGAUCUGGAAGUGAGCGAAAAUCAACUCAGUGGUUCUAUUCAUUCUUCAUUAGGCAAUUUGUCUAACUUAGAAACUCUUUUCCUUCGUCCUAACCAACUUUCCGGUCCCAUUCCACAUGAAUUUGGCAAUUUGGCGAACUUGAUUGUACUAGAAAUGGAUGAAAACCAAUUUUCUGGAAAUCUCCCAGAGCUUUGCCAAGGUGGAAACUUCUUUCGAGGUUGGAUACCUCAAGAACUCAGAUCACUAACUAAGUUGUCAAAACUUGAUCUAUCCACAAACAAAUUUAGUGGGCCAAUACCAGGUAUUUUGGAGAACUAUCGAAAUCUGUUUUACUUGAACCUGAGCAACAACAUGUUCAACCAGAAAAUUCCAUUACAGAUUGGUAAGUUAUUUCAACUAACCAAGAUGGAUCUGAGUAGUAACAUUCUCAUAGGGGAAAUACCAUUGGAAAUCACAAAUUUGCAAAGCUUGGAGAAGUUGAACCUCUCCCACAAUAAACUCUUUGGUCUCAUUCCAAAGAGUUUUGAAGAUAUGCGUGGCUUGGUGUAUGUUGAUAUAUUGUACAAUUAG